UAUAUAUAUAUAUAUGUCUGGAGCAAACCCACCAAGCCAUUCUGCCGAGCAAUAAUGUCUGCAAUCCUGAAAUUGGAAGAGGGAGUACCCAGUGAGAAAACUUUUCAGCCACCUUCAUCUCCACCACCUCCAGUUCAAAAAUGGCCAGCCGGCUUUGCAGGGAUUUUGCUUUUGGAGCUAAAAGUGCAGAGGAAAAUUGCCCUUCCCUUGGUAGCAAUGAAUUUAGCAUGGUUUGCAAAGCUAGCGAUCACAACAGCAUUUUUAGGCAGGCUUGGGGAGCUCAGACUAGCAGGUGGAGCACUAGGGUUUACAUUCGCUAAUGUCACAGGUUUCUCUGUCAUGAACGGGCUCUGUGGCGCCAUGGAACCCAUAUGUGGUCAAGCUUACGGAGCCAAAAACUUCAAACUCCUUCACAAGAUCCUUCUCAUGGCAAUCUUCUUGUUACUACUAGCAACACUACCUAUAGCGUUCUUCUGGCUCAACGUUGAUAAGCUUCUCAUUUAUUUUGGUCAACAAAAAGACAUUUCAAUUGUCGCGAAGACCUAUCUGUUGUAUCUCCUCCCUGACUUGGUAAUAACUUCAUUUCUCUGUCCGCUCAAAGCCUACUUGAGCUCACAGGGCAUAACGGUUCCUAUAAUGUUUAGCUCGGUUCUGGCGUUAUGUUUUCACGUACCCAUCAACAUAUUACUUGCAAAAGCCAAGGGUCUUGAAGGAGUUUCGAUGUCAGUUUGGAUCACUGAUCUCCUGGUGGUGAUUCCACUUGCCUUGUAUGUGUUUAUGAUUGAAAAUAGCAAAGAGAGAAGGUGGAAGGAAGGAGGAUGGUGGGACCAAGGCAUUAGUGACUGGCUCACGUUGCUCAAGCUCUGCGGGCCAUGCUGCCUCACUACCUGCCUUGAAUGGUGGUGUUAUGAGAUUUUAUUCUUGCUCACUGGACGGCUAGCAAAUGCCAAGCAGGCAGUUGGAGUGCUAGCCAUCGUGCUGAACUUCGACUAUUUGCUAUACUCUGUGAUGCUAUCACUAGCCACCUCUGUAUCCACCCGUGUGUCAAAUGAGCUUGGUGCAAACCAAGCCGCCACUGCUUACCGGUCAGCCUAUGUGUCUCUAGCGGUGAGCAUUGUCUCAGGUUGCAUAGGUGGCGUGGUGAUGGUUGCAGCGAGGGGAAUCUGGGGGCCCCUGUUUAGCCAUGAUAAGGGGAUUAUAAGAGGUGUAAAGAAGUCCAUGCUGCUUAUGGCUUUGGUGGAAGUUGUGAAUUUCCCACUAGCAGUAUGUGGCGGAAUUGUCCGUGGGACAGCUAGGCCAUGUUUGGGACUGUAUGCCAAUCUUGGUGGAUUCUACCUUCUUGCCCUGCCUUUGGGUGUGGUUUUAGCUUUCAAGGCCGCACUUGGACUUGGUGGGUUGUUGAUAGGAUUCUUGGUCGGGAUAGUAACCUGUUUGGUUUUGCUGUUGAUCUUUGUUACAAGGAUUGACUGGGACGAAGAAGCGGGCAAGGCACAAACACUUGCAUGCGAUAGGGACAUUGUUAGGGUAGAUGGAAAUCACAGAAGCAUUGAAACUACAAGUAAUGCUCAAAUAUGAGAACAACGUUAAAAAGUAUUUGUAUUAUGAUUUAUGAACGUCUCUACCAUCAGACAUGCUGGAAAGCACCAGUUGAAUAGGUUCAAUGUAAAAAAUUACAAGUUAAGAAAUUUCCUUUAA